AGAGCAGGAAGUGCGCUUCAUGCGGAAGCCUUGGCAGCUCUAUAUGGCUUGGAAAGAGCAGAACAACUGGGAAUGACAAGGAUAAUUGUGGAGACAGAUGCAUCAAAUCUAUAUAAGGCUUUGACAACUAGGCUGAUGGAUGGUGGUCCAGAAGGAGCUUUAUUUAGGCAGAUUCGGUUAGCUAUGAAUAGGAACUUUGUUUCUGUUUCAAUCUCGGUCUGUCCUAGAUCAUGUAAUAGGGUGGCUGACUCAAUGGCCAACUAUGGUGUAGCUGCCUUUCCUGAUGGAGGGCAUGCGUUCUGGUGCCAGGCACCAAGCUUUGUAAACGAUCUAGUCUCCGGCGAUUUUCCUGGAGCUGAAGGUUUAUAAAGUGUUGUGAAGUUCAAAAAAAAAAAAUCUGAGGUAGAACCAACAAAUCCGAGUUGUGAGAGACGAUCCCACAGGUAGAAGUAGAAGUAGAGCUACACGUUCAGCUGAGGCCAUAUGCAGGACAUGAGCAAUGCUCCAAUGCCGCCUGGCCACCGGCUGUCGCCGCUGGUCAUAAUCAGCGCCUUUCUUGUCCUUCUCGGCGCCGGCGGAUCGCUCCUCAUCCGUGUCUACUUCGUCCAAGGCGGGCAGAGCCUGUGGCUUUCCACCAUGAUCCAGGUGUCCGGCUGGCCGCUCCUCCUCCCGCCGAUAUGCAUCUCUCUGCUACUCCGUAGCCGCCGCAGGGACAGGGACAGGGACGGCGGCUACAGUAUCGCCGACGACCUCCUCCAGCCUCGUCUCGUUGGCGCGGUGGCCGUCCUGGGGGUUCUAUUCGCGUUGGCGUGCUACGCCUACUCGCUGGGCUCGCAAGCCCUGCCCCUGACCACGUCGUCUCUGCUGCAGGCGACGCAGCUCGCCUUCAACGCGCUCUGCGCGUUCGUGUUCGCCGGGAUCCGCUUCACGCCCUUCUCGGUCAACGCGGUCGUCCUGCUCACCGUAGGCCCGGCGGUCCUCGGGGUCGGGCCGUCGUCGUCCGACGAGACUGUAAGCGGCGAAGGGUCGAGGACGGCGUACUGGGCAGGGUUCACCGAGUGCAUGGCCUCGGCCGCGCUGAUGGGGCUCGUGGUGCCGCUCUUCGAGGUCGCCAUGUCGAGGUACGGGCGCCGGACUGCCCCCGCCGGCGGCGCCUUCACCGGAGCGCCUCCCUCGUACGUGACGGUGAUGCAGGUGCAGGCCGUGAUGGGUGCGGCCGGCACGGUGCUGUGCCUGGUCGGCAUGGCCGUCAUGGAGGAAUUCCAGGCGGUGCCAAGGGAGGCCGCCACGUUCGGGCUCGGCGAAACCAGCUACUGUUUGGUGCUCAUCUUUGGAACCGUCUCCUGGCAGCUAUGCAACCUGGGGAUCAUGGGACUCGUCGCCUGCUCCUCGUCGCUCCUUGCCGGCAUCAUGCUCGCGCUUCUCCUGCCGCUGUCGGAGGUCCUCGCCGUCGUCUUCCUCCACGAGAAGUUUGACGGGGUGAAGGGCGUCGCCCUGGUGCUCUGCCUCUGGGGCUUCGUCUCCUACCUCUACGGUGAGAGCGCGCAAAAGAAGAUGGAGGCUCAGAAGAUCAAGCAGCAGUUGGCUAUGAAGACAGACCUGGAAUCAGGUGCUCCUUGAGGUGGAUCAUUGUUUUUUUUUGUUUUUUUUCUAGGGUCGUGAACACAUAUGUACAGGUAUAGAAACAAGUUCUCUUUAGAGGAUUGGUACAGUUAUAUACAUUUUGCACGA